AUGGCAACUACUGACGUUUCAACUUAUUAUUUUGCAAAUUUCCCAAAUGGUAAAUUCAGUCUUUACUUCCUUGCAUAUAUUCCAAAAGAUCAAGUUUUACCUAAAUCAGAUGAUGAGCUAAGUGCUUAUGUAUUUUCUAGAGAGGGUGUAUUGGAAUUUACUCAUAAUUGGGGAACAGAAAAUAAUCCAAAUCAAAGUUACCAUAAUGGCAAUACUGAACCAAGGGGAUUUGGCCAUAUUGCAAUAUGUGUUGAUAACAUUGAAGCAGCUUGUAAAAGAUUUGAAGAACUUGGUGUAAAAUUCAUCAAAAAAUUAACUGAUGGUACAAUGAAAAAUAUUGCUUUUAUUAAUGAUCCAGAUGGUUAUUGGAUUGAAAUUAUCCCAUCUAAUAAGGAUGAAAAUUGUCGUCCAGUCUAUGGAACUUUAUCCAGAGAAACAAUCGAUAAUGUUGUCGCUCAUUCUAUAAUAUACCAAACAAAAAAGCUCCCGUGGAGUAUAGGAAAUCCAUCACUUGUAAGAGAAAAAUCGUCAAUAUCAAAAACAUCAUCAUCAUUACAUUCAAACAUUGAAAUACCCAUAAAUCAUUCACCAACCCCAGAAAAUACACUAACAACAAAUUCGACUUCAACAAGCAUAUCGUCAUCAAGUCGUUCGACAUCUCCAGACAAACAACUGUCAAGCCGUUCAACAUCCCCAGAUAAACAUUUAAUAGAUAAUAAAAAAAGGCAUAACUCAUAUUUCACAACACCUUAUGGAUUAAAUCAGCCUUAUUCACCACCAUUAACUGGUAAUCUACUGUUUAAUCAAUCACCCAAUUAUUUAACAUCAAACAAAAACACACCAGACCGUUCAACAUCAUCAUUGCCAGUCCCACCACCACCUUUAUUACCACCAUCUACAUUAAAAAAUAAAAAUAGUUCUGAUAGUAGUAAACUCACUAUUGUUGAUCCGAAUGAUGUUCAUCGAAAUCCUCCUCGAAAACAAUUUAGUAUUGACGACUAUCUUGGCAAUCCUUAUCAACUACCAUCUUUAACACUACCAUCUUUAACACUACCAUCUACAUUAAAAAAUAAAAAUAGUUUUGAUAGUAAUAAACUCACUAUUGAUGAUCCAAAUGAUGCUUCUAGAAAUUCAUCAUAUUUACAAUUAAUGCAAGCUAAUGAUGAUAGAUUUAAAGCAUCAUCUAUUGCAACCUCUAGUAUAUAUACGCCUUCACGUUCCAGCAGUACUGGAAGUUCACAUAUUGGCAGCACACGACCAAAAAUUGAUACUCAAUUGAACUCAAUUACUGAAUCAGGUGAUGUAACUCCUACAAAAUUUACAACUACAACCUCUCCAAGUUCUGAUAUAAUCGCUGCUAUUAAUGCUGCUGCAAAAAGUGAUUCACGCAGUAGUGAAGAGGGAAGUUUCCAAAGUCCAUUAUUUAAAAAUGAAAUUUUAAGUUUACGAACUGCAACAAGAUUAUCUAAAAUGAACCCAAAUGAUCAUGUUGACCAUGAUAAUAUAUAA